AUGAUAUGCCUCUACAUGGAAUACUUGUGUCUUGGCACAUUCUGCAUGAAACCAUACGAUGUUGUCGGAUGUGAGGAGCAUCUCUCGGAGGUUUAUAAAGUAGACAAAGAUCUUGGGUCGUUAGACCGGCCUUAUGAGCUUACAGAGGCCAUUGAGAUCAGUAACCUGAUAUUUACCAGUCUCUUUGCCUUGGAGAUGAUCCUUAAGAUAAUUGCCUAUGGUCCAGUGGGGUAUGUUAGCAACGGAUUUAACGUCUUUGAUGGCCUUAUUGUAAUUGUCAGUGUGGUAGAGGUCCUACAAGACGGCAGCGGAGGCCUUUCUGUAUUGAGAACUUUUCGUUUGCUUCGGAUCCUCAAAUUGGUCCGUUUCAUGCCAGCCCUCCGGAGGCAGCUUUUGGUCAUGCUGCGUACCAUGGAUAACGUUGCAACCUUCUUCUCUCUACUAGCUCUAUUCAUCUUCAUCUUCAGCAUUCUAGGAAUGCACAUAUUUGGCUGUAAAUUCUGUGACUAUAUUGACGGUGAACAGAUCUGUGAUAGAAAGAAUUUUGAUUCACUUCUCUGGGCCAUUGUUACAGUAUUCCAGAUUUUGACCCAAGAAGACUGGAAUGUUGUUCUCUACAACGGCAUGUCCCGUACUUCACCCUGGGCUGCCCUCUAUUUCAUUGCUCUCAUGACGUUCGGCAACUACGUCCUCUUCAAUCUCCUUGUUGCCAUCCUCGUCGAGGGAUUCUCCGCAGAGCCUGAGCAGAAAGAAGCCAACUUGGGUGAUAAACCGGGUAGCGAGGAUGAGGAAGAAGAGAAUGAAGAGAACGAGAAGGAGGAGAAGAACUUGGAUGAGAUCAAAGAUGACGUCUUGUCAGUAGCAUCGGAUAAAGAUAACAGUGGAAAACUAGCAAUAACCUGCCCCCCUACUGAAGGGGGUAGCCACCCCCUGAGUCCCCCUAUUAUUACCCAUACCGCAGCCACGCCCCAAGGCUCACCCAAUGUUGAUAUGCAGAGGGCUUUUAGAGGGAGCUUCAUUGAUCAUGAUACACGAUCAUGGGACUCCGACUCUCAGUCUUUGUCGUCAUUAAAUAUCAGGGGGUCACCCCGACUCCCGCGCAGUCCCAGCGCCAACAGUGUGAACAGUCAUAAGGGGGGCAGCUUGAGGAGCAAUUCACCCCAGGACCAGAAACAAGGGGGCAACUUUCUCACCCCUUACCAACUGGGCGAUGAGCUCGGGCAGGAUAAUGAUAGCCAUUCUUCAGUCAGUAUAAGCAGAAGCUCCCUACAUGAUGGUUCUCACAACGGUUACCUACCCGACAGCGACAACAAUGACAGCCGACGGACGUCCUACAUCUCCUGCAACGGUGGAUCAGUAACGGCCAUCCCCCAAGCCGACACCCAGGUACCGGUUGAUUGUCUGGAGGACAACAAGGAUCUACAGACGGAAGGGACGCAACCAACAACCUAUAGCAAUAUUGAAGAUCCUGAUGCCAUUGAUGAGGCAAAAAAGAGGAAAAAUUCAUCCAAGAGUAAUAACAGAAAUGCGACCGGUGAAGAAAAGGAUGAUGGGUAUAUAGAUUAUGAUGACGAUGGGGAUGACGAUUUCACACGAGAUUGCUGUUGCAUUCGGUGUUGUCCAGAGCCUAAGGGAUGUUUCAAGACGAGAGAAGAAUACUCACUGUAUCUCUUAUCACCAAGAAACAAGACAAGGAGGAAACUACAGCAUCUGAUAGCUCAGAAGUGGUUUGAUUAUGGUAUUCUUAUCAUCAUCUUCUUGAAUUGCAUUACAUUAGCUAUGGAGAGACCGUCAAUAGAACCAGACAGUGUGGAGAGGAAGUUUCUGACCAUCUCAAACUACAUCUUCAUGGCCAUCUUCUCCCUGGAGAUGCUCGUCAAGGUCUUGGCGAAGGGGUUCCUCUUUGGCACCCACGCCUACCUCCACAGCGGCUGGAACGUGAUGGACGGCAGCCUGGUCAUCGUGUCGUGGAUCGACCUCCUCAUCACGGUGGUGUCGUCCAGCAGUCCGGAGAUCUUCUCCAUCCUGCGUGUCUUCAGGUUGCUGAGGACGUUGCGACCUCUCAGGGUUAUCAGUCGUGCCCCGGGCUUGAAGCUGGUGGUACAGACACUCCUCUCCUCUCUCAGGCCCAUCGGUAAUAUUGUCAUCAUCUGCUGCACCUUCUUUAUCAUCUUUGGAAUCCUGGGUAUUCAGUUGUUCAAAGGUCAGUUCUACUACUGUUCUGGUCCUAACGUCCGUAACAUCAGGAACAGGACCCAGUGUGUGGCCAACAGUGAGAAUGAAUGGAUCAAUCAACAGUACAACUUUGACAACUUAGCCCAGGCUUUGGUAGCACUGUUCGUCUUGGCUUCUAAAGACGGCUGGGUAGAUAUCAUGUAUAAUGGUAUUGAUGCUGUAGGCAUAGACCAGCAGCCUCAGAGGGAUCACAACGAAUGGCUGAUUCUCUACUUCAUCUCCUUCCUGCUCAUCGUUGGGUUCUUCGUCCUCAACAUGUUUGUGGGCGUGGUCGUCGAGAACUUCCACAAGUGUCGGGAGGAGCAGGCGGCGGAGGAGCUGAACCAGCGGAUCGAGAAGCGGCAGCUGAAGCUUCAGAAAGCCAGGCAAAGUAAGGCCGCCGCUGCUGCAGGCGUUACCAUAUACGUGGACCCCAGUGAGCUCGCGAAUAUGACCCCCGAAGAGAGGGCUAAUUGUCAGAUUGGAUCACUGGAACAGCCAUACUACAUCAACUACUCCAAGACAAGGAUGUCGGUUCAUAAUAUUGUGAUGAGCAAGUACUUUGAUUUGGUGGUAGCCGCUAUUAUAUUUCUCAACGUCGUCACCAUGGCGCUCGAGUUCUACAUGAUGCCUCAGGCAAUGAUUGACGUUAUGACGUACUUAAACUAUAUAUUCACCGCCGUAUUUAUCUUGGAGGCCUUAUUAAAGAUUUUUGCUCUCGGAUUUAAAAGAUACUUCAAGGACGGAUGGAACCAACUUGAUAUUACGAUAGUGUUGUUGUCCAUUGCUGGUAUAGUGUUAGAGGAAUUAGAAUCUAACAUCAUACCGAUCAAUCCGACCAUCAUCAGGAUCAUGAGGGUGCUCCGUAUUGCUAGAGUUCUUAAGAUCAUGAAGACCAUGAAAGGCCUUCGAGAGUUGCUCGCUGUCCUCAUGGGUGCUAUCCCGCAGGUUGGCAAUUUGGGCCUUCUCUUCUUUUUAUUGUUUUUCAUCUUUGCUGCUCUUGGGGUUGAGCUGUUUGGUCGGUUAGCCUGCACUGAUCAGAAUCCAUGCGAAGGCUUGGGACGCCAUGCCUCCUUCAAGCAUUUCUUCAUCGCCUUCCUGACCUUGUUUCGUAUUGCUACAGGAGACAAUUGGAAUGGGAUUAUGAAGGACACGCUGAGGAAAGAAGGAUGCGACGACAGGUCGGGGUGCGAGUUUAACUGCUGCGCCAACCGCUACUUUGCUCCCAUGUACUUCUUCUCCUUCGUGCUCAUCGCCCAGUUUGUCCUGGUCAAUGUGGUGGUGGCCGUUCUGAUGAAACAUCUGGAAGAGAGCCACAAGCUGGAGCAGGAUGACGAAGAGGACGCGCAGAUCAUCGCCGAUCAACUCAAACAGGAUGCCAUCGACGCGGCGGCGUUGUCGGAGCGGGAGGAUGCGGCUAACUCUGAUGAAGGGUCCAUUUUUCACAUUUCCUCCUCACCACACCUGACACAGAGCGUCCUCUUGGCGCAGCCAUCAUGGCCCAAUCAGGAACAGGGCAAUGUUUUUACUCCUCUUUUAAAGGUUACCUCCUCCAACCCUGAAAUGUCUUUAUCUCGAGGAGAUAAAAAGUCAGAAAAGGAUCUCUCUCCUGCUGAUGUGAUAUUGGCAUUGAGUCCACAUCGACAUAAAUUAACGAGUGACAAUCCCAGCACACACCUGGUGGUCAAGCAGCCGGUCAGCAGGGUCAAAUCUCUACCAGAUAACUUCCAGUUUGCUCCCGAUAAACAAAAUCAGACAUCGCCAAAUGAUGCAGAUGAGAAUGAGGAGAAGACUGAUGGAGACCAAAUCCUGCCUGUUCCCCAGCUUUACCUGAAGCCCAAAGAGCAGAGCAUUGCUGGUCAACAAUCCUCAUCAGCUGAUAGCAUCUCAGCACCGGAGGCUCCUAAGGAUACCUCUAGUCUAGGCCUCAGCAAGUCAUCACUUAGCGCCAGUGGUGGUGGUGGUGGACUCGGUUGUGGACUGAUGGUACCUGGUCGGGACAGUGAGAGAGAAGGCAGCCCAAACCCUCAGAGGAAGUUUGCGGCGCGUCAGCUGAACCCUGUGGACAAUACCCUUGGAGGUGACCUGGGUGCCAGUGGUUAUGAUGCUGUACCAGCAGGAGGUAUAGGGAGUGGGGAGGAGGUACCCUUGCAGGAAUGGAGGGUACCGCCUGUAGUGAUAUCAUCUACAUCCAGCGAAGAUGACUCUCAGAGAAAAGGUGCCAAAGCCUUACCGGAAAGUCCUGCGAAAAAGGGAGCCAGGAACAGGACAUCGCCCGGGCGUAAAAACUCUGCAAAGAAACCUAAUCAUACCGGAUCAAAGGGUAAUAGCAGCAAAGAGAUCAAGAAUCGAUCGGACUCCUUGCUGAGUGUAGAGUCUGGCUGUUCAAGUGACAAUGAUUCGUUGCUCAGCUCACCUCAAAUUAGACAACGUAAAUCUCGGCGAAAGAACACUCCUGCUUCAAACUCGUCAUCGUGCUCGAACAGUCCCAAAUCUGGGCGGAGUCUAGGUGCAAGCAACGAAGAGAGCGGGCUAAGGACUCCAUCCCCAUUGAUUGGAAAGGGUCACAGUAACCCGUUACUAUGGGAACCAAAUGGACAAACAAAUAACAGUCCGAGACUGGGAAACGGGACACAGAAUGGUAGAUCCACUCCGCCCGCUAUUCAUGUAGAUUCAACGCAAGACAAAUCUAAGAGUAAUCACGAUCACCGAGUAUGAUGAAUGGUUUGCGUUAGCUAUGUACAUGUCCUUCUUAUUCAUUUUCAAUAAGUUGAGAAAAUUCAAUAGAUUUAUCACUUGUGCUCUUCAGUUCAGCAUGUUUUUAAUAUGUAACAUGUGCUAUAAGUGUGUGACUUUGUUAGGAAAAAAAAGAAUGAAAAAAUGACUAGUGUACGUCUUCAAUAUGGUUAAUGUGAGGCCUAAUUUUUAUCAUGAGUUCCAUUAUUUUUUGAUAUAUUUCACUUAAUAAUUUGUUUUUAUAUGUUUGCAGGUGAUAUGUAUAGGAAGACAAGGCAAAUGAUACAAUAUUUUUGCAAUGUUGAUUAUUCAAGAGGUAUUCACCAAGCAAUGGAUUUCACCAAAGUAUUUUACACUUCUGUUAUUGUUAAGUUGUGUUCAGUCAAGUGCUUCAAUUGUAUCGAAAGUAAGGUAAAACGUUUCCAUUUUGAAGGAAAAGAUAAUUAUGUACAUUUCACUAGUGAUUCACCUGAAGUAAUAUUAUGUCGUGUACAGAUUUGAUAAUACUGUUUUUAAGAAGAAGAAGAAGAGAAGUUUAGUUUAAGUUUUAGUCAGUUUGAUCAGAUGUACAUCACCCAAUAUUAUGAAGAGUUAGGUUAAUUUUGUCAUUGUCAGCUAUGGAAUGCCAGUGGUGUCAUAAUUUGUCAGCUGCAAAGAUUUUUCCUGGGGAAACACUGAUGAGAAAUACAGUUAGUAUUCAAACCAGUGGCACAUAUCAAGUGCUUGUCAUCUUUUAAGAACACUGUAUUCUCAGAUGUGGGCAUUGUGCUCGAUGAAUUGUGACAUUGUUGUUUUAAAAUGCAGUAGUUGAAUGGUUUUAAUUAUUGCUCUCAUAAGAAAUGGCCUCUGACGUCUUGAUUGUUGAAUGAUAUAGCAUUGGCACAAUGGAUUUCGUUCUUACUUCUCUUCACUUCUAUUGUAUUUUUUCCAAAUGAAUAUAUCUGCACAACCGACUUGGUGUUUUGAUGAUUUUCAUUGGAAAUUCACUAUCAAGGGUUUCGAUCCUUCUAUUUAUCAAUGUAUAAUUCAUCUGAGAACAAUCUACAUUGACCUUACUUUUGCUUAAGUCUUUUCAUCAUGAAGUAGUGAGUUUGACUUGCUUUGCAUUUUUAAAGUGUACAUAGGAAACUACUAAUUCCAAUGUGUUACAACUCGGCACUUACAUACAACUCAAUGCAGACAACUCUAUGUAUGCCCACCUAAAUUUAAUCACAUUUUUCAUGAUUUUUUUGUUAUUUGUUAUAUGCAAAGAAGCAAAGCUAGUUGGAUGAUAUGAAGCAAUAAAGUCUUGUCUAACAAGAUUUCUCA